GCUCCACCUUGCACUCUGUGAAGUAUUUGUACACUGCCAUGUCAGACCCCAGUCAGGGGCUGCCCCAGUUUGUCGUUGUGGGGUACGUGGACGAUCAAGUCUUCAUUUACUACGACAGCAACAGCAGGAAGGUGCAGCCUCGAGUCUCCUGGGUGGAGGAGUUGGGGAAGAAGCACCCCCAGUUUUGGGACACAAGCACCCAGAAAGUGCGUGGCACUGAGGAGGUGUUGAGAGCAGACCUGGAGACUAUGAGGACUUGCUACAAUCAGAGUGAAGGCCUUCACACCUGGCAGUGGAUGUGCGGCUGUGAGCUCAGGGAAGACGGGAGCAAAGGAGGGUUUUCUCGCUAUGGAUACGAUGGGAGGACUUUCAUCACCUUUGACAAGGAGACCCUCACCUGGGUGGCUGCCAACCCCCAGGGCGAGAUCACCAAGAAGAAAUGGGAUGCGAUUCCAGGAUAUAAUCAGGGAUGGAAGAUCUACCUGGAAGAGGAAUGCAUUGAGUGGCUGGAGAAGUACCUGUCCUACGGGAAGGAGAUGCUGCUAAGGACAGAUUUGGAGCAUUUCCCAAAACUCUUGGAGAUGCUGCAGGAGAUCGAUGACUCCUGGAGGAGGGACGGGGAGGUCUGGCUGCAGGACUCCUUCCGUGGGUCUGUGGCCCCCAAUGCAGAUGGGACCUACCACUACUGGCUCAGCAUCCGGAUCAAUGCCCAGGAGAGGGACUACUAUCGGUGCCACGUGGAGCACGACAGCCUGCGGGAGGCUGUGGAUGUGGCCUUGAAGG